ACCCUUUAGCGAGCUAUGUUUUGUUUUGUAUCUAAAAAUUAUUUAGAAAUAUUAUUAUUUAUUAUGUAUAGUAGUUAAUUUUUGAUUGUCUGUUCAGUACUCACAACUCAGUAAUAAUGUGGGCUUUUGUACAAAAAAACAAAAAUGACAUAAUUUAUUUAUCAUUACUUCUGUUUAGUGUUCUAAUUGGACCUUAUUACAGAAAACUUAGAACAGAAGAAGCCAAAAAGUGGGCUGGUACAAUUUUAGGGAUAGCGUUGAUCAUUAUUGUAUCUGGCUAUAGUGCAAUACAUCCCAUUUGUUCUGCUUUAAUAGGUGUUAUUAUUAUAAAAGUAACCACAAUUAGAUAUUGUCAUGUUGCCACAUUCUUUUUCAUGUUUGCAUACCUAUUUUUCUUUCGAUUUGCUGAUAAAUUUGGCUUCAGACUAUCAUCGGGACAGACUAACCUUAUACAAAUGAUAAUUGUAUUAAGAGUUAUCGGAGUUGCAUUUGAGAUGAAUGGGUCUUGGUUAGCUGUAGUAAACCCAAAAAAGAAAGGGAAUGAGGAGAUAAGUAAAAUAAAUGAUAGAGAUGAAGAAUUCAUAGAAUUGAUAAAUCCUAACAUAAUUGAUCUUGUUCAUUAUUCAUUUAAUUAUAUUGGGUUGCUUACAGGCCCAUACUACAGAUACAGAACAUUUAAUGAUUUUUUCCACUUACCCUACAGUAAAUAUGUUGACUGUCUUGGUUUCACCAUAAAUACCUUGAAAAUUGUUCCACUAUACAUAUCACUAUAUUUGGCGUUUUCACAUAUUUGGCCAUUAGAGUAUGUUCUUACCGAAGAUCACAACAAUAGGAGUUUCCUGUACAGAAUGAUGUAUCCAUGGGUUUUAUUUGCCGCAUUCCGUCAGCGCAUCUAUUCUGGAAUGACCUUAGCUGAGAGUGUUUGCACAUCGGCUGGGCUUGGGGCCUAUCCAGUUCAGGGUCGAAAUAGAACAGGACAUGGGCCUACUGUUGGUUAUAUGAAAUUAAAAAAUAUGUCUGAUGAGGAAGCUAAGAAAGCUGAAUAUGAUUUUAAAACUGUUGAGUCUAUGGAGGUGUGGGGUUGUGAGACGGUUGUUACAUUGAGAGAUUCCAUGAAGGUAUGGAACAAGGCCGUGCAGUACUGGGUUGCUAUGGUGGUUUACAAGAGAUUUCCAAUCAAGCCGCUCAAGAUUCAUGCCGCAUUGUUUGUGUCAGUGAUAUGGCAUGGCUAUCACGCUGGAUAUUUCUUUUGUAUCUACUUCUGUCCGUUUUAUUUGAUGGCUGAAGAUAUUUAUUAUAAACUCUACUAUAAGGAAGCCACAGGAUUGAAAAAGAAGAUUAUCGGUUUCAUCAUGUGGUUUUUAAGAUCUCACUCAGAAUCAUACCAAGCGGCAGCAUUCCUACUUCUUACAUUCGAUCGGAUCUGGAUAUACUAUAGCUCAGUGUACCACUAUUGGUAUGGCGUAUGGCUAGCGUUUUUAGUAAUAGGUCACGGAUUAUACCAUCUUCACAAAACCAAUAGACCAAAAAAGCCAAGAGAAACUGAAAACAUUGAGGAAAGAAAACUCACCUCCUAUUCAAUUUUUUUGAUAUUUUAUCAAGGAUAAAUCCUAUCAUGGUAUCAAAUGCAGUAAGGUGAUUAGUGAGGCAUAUAAACUUAUGCAUUGGAGUCAACAGUAAACAUUUUGAGCAAUUUAUUAGUUAGGUAAAAGUGAGAUAUGAAAAGUAUAUUCUAGAAUUUUUCUAUUUGCUUUCAUUUUUAAUUGUAAAGUUUGAUCCUUAUCAGCAACAGAGUCCAUUGGUUCAAUAAUACAUGAUGUAUUUUUUUUUUAACUAUUCGGGUAGAUUUCCGUCAUAAGUUCAAAAAAAUUUAAUAAAUUAAAUAUGCAGUUAUUGGUUUCUUAUAAAUCGAGGGCAUAACUCCUUUCAAGACUUUCCUCUAAGUCUCGUAGUUUCCGACUUGGCCAUCACCGCCCUUCUCAAAAAACCAUCAUGUAUCUAUAUAUUUCCGUAGUAAUCGUAAUAAUGGUUGUAAUAUUUCUCGUUACGUAGAACGUACCUAAUCACGACUAAGCCAAUGUUGCGGAACUGAUGCACAAGCGCGUUAGCUGCGUGUCACUUCUAAUUGUAAGUUAUAUUUUUUAUUCCGUGUGACACAAACUGUAUAUAAUCACAAAUUUUAUCGAUUUCAUUUCAAGUUGCUCACUUCAGCUUAACUGAGUUUGCAGGACAUCCUUUGAAAAUGAAUUAUCAGAAUAAAAACAAAUAUGCACUAGGAGAUAAAAUAAAAACUCAAUUUUGUUAAAAACAGCACAUAUAUUCAUUUAUUAACACAUAUAAUUAUUAUUAACAACUAUUUGUUAGUGGAGAGACAUCACAUAAUAUUAAUUAUACACAUAUCGUUGUUAUUGUAUCACAUUCUUGAUGUAUAGGUGAGUCAGGUACGUGAAAAUCACUGUCGCACUGAAACGGAACAUACAAUUGCUAUAAUCACAAUUUAGUUAAUAAUUCUUAACAAAAAUAUGACACAUUAAAUGCUUAGGCCUAAGGUCCACGGAGGCGGUACGAUACUCCGUGGACUACGAUAUAUUCCUUGCAGUAAUAAAACAUAAAAAUGAAUAGUAUAGUACAUUUAAAAUGCAUCUAGGAAACAAGACUUAGAUAAAUAUAAAAAAGUGUGUGUACUUAUGUAUGCACGCAAGAAGUUAUACUUCUAUGGCGUAACAAAGCAAAAAUCCUUAAAAUUAUUUAUUCCUUGUGCUAUUCUACGUUUGUAGAAAGAAUAAUUUUGUAAAAAUCUUGCAAUGAUGGAUUUGACAAUUAAUUAAUAAAAACCGAAUACGGCUGUACGGGCUUGAACCCUUUGCCUAUUCUAACAAUGGAAGAAGAAACCAAAAAAAAAAAAAGUCGCAAACGUCAGAUAGGUACCAACUUCACCCUGUUACUUUUGUGGUACAGUGACGCGCGCGAAUCUUAAAUUUCACUCUCGCGCACUUUCACGCGCCCAAAGAAGUAUAACUUCAAUAACAAAAUUUAAAUCUGCUUGAUCGGUCGGGUGAAUAUUCAUUGGAAGUAAAUUUUAUAUGAUAUUUUAUCGAGAACGAGGUUUAAGGUUAAUUUGCACAUUUCAAACAACAAAAAGCAUCAGGAUCUUUUUAUUAACAGACAUUUGUGUUUGCCAGAACAUGACGCCGAUUGAAAUGGCUCAUGAUCAAAGAUGCGAAUGCUCUGCGGACUAGUGCGUAAACAAUAACCGAAUUCGGUCCGAGAUUUCUAGACCUGUAUUUUCACGGGUACGUAUCGGACUCUGAUCGGAAGUAGUGCGAAAGCGCUCUAACAGUUCUAAGUUUUAACUGAAAUAACAGCAGUGAUAAUGUACUUUGUGUAUAUCAAAAGAAUAACAAUAGAAGUUAUGUUAGAUAUAUACACUUUUCAUAUUUAUAUACAACUUUUUAUUACCAACAAAUUAAGAUAAUUUAAGUAAGAACAGAUAAGGCAUGUCUUUGAGGUAGGUACAUAAAUAAGAGAAUGUUUUGAUAACUUUACAUAAUUACAAAAAUAUUAUAAAGAAGUUAGGAGAAGUGGACUUUAUUGUAAUUGUAACCGGUUAACUUUUUUUUUAAAGAAAAUAGCCCAGUGCAAGAAUGAGCAAUACGUCAAAUAAAGUGUUCUCAGUCUCCUUGUACUUAUGAGGUACUGGUUUAAGACUCAACAAUAAAUAAUAUUCACAUGAGAUUAGGUAGGUACUGUUAUUUGAGUAUUUUUCGCUUUCCAUGCGUUUAUGAUUUGGAAACAACUUUAAAGUACAUGUUAGUGUGUAUCAUACUUGGAAUAGACGACCUGGCAGCUUGACAAGGCGUGAUCAAAUUCAGAAUACUAAGUGUGGCUGACUGGUUACGACCUGUCAAUCAAAAUCGGUUACAGUAACAGUAGAUUCGCUUACCUUUUCUAUCUUGCUGUAUCUCCAUUAGGGAUGUUCUCCUGUCUCGCUUUUUAGCUAGUAUAUUGAUAGUUUAUGGUCGGUAUAUUAUUUAAUUCUAUCAAUUUUGUUUGCAGACGUCCUAUGCAAAACUACUUUGCACAAUAAGCAACAACGAAAUAUAAUCGAUUAUUUGAUUGCGAAGCUAUUUUAACGAAUCUUAGGCCAGGAUACUACAGGCAUAUGAAAUGUUGUUAAUAUCAUAAAAAUGCGUGUAUAAACUAGUUAUAGAUACAUUAUUGAAGCGCUGGUAACGAUUAUUUAAAAGGGGGCCAUCAUAGCAGAAUUCUGAGGCUUGCUUUUCACUUUAUGAUCAAGUUAUAGAAAAGCUAUUCUGUCACCAUGUUAACCAAAUCACUGUUAAUACACUUGUUUACUCUCAGAUGAAUUAUUAGAAAGUCUUAGUACAGAUUGACUCUACCGUGACAUAGGAGUCAGAGUUAAUGUUAACCAGAAUUUUAUUUGGUACGGUGGAUUAGUAAGCAUAGUUAUACCCGGGACUUAACUAAGUAAAUGUUAUUGUUAUAUGACAUUACUGCGCUUUGGCGCGCAUCAAAUUACUCGAACUUUUAAAUGCUGUCGUCGUCAAUUGAUUUAUUUAAGGUAACUCAUUAAUUACAAUAUUACUGAAUAAUCCUGUGACAUAACAUAUAAAUUAGCUUUCUUAGAUACACUAUACUUUAAAAGAACAUCUAUGGAAAAAUAACCCUAACUAAAUAUCUCUUCAAUUAUUUGAGAAAGCAAUUUGGGAAUCUUUAUGUACCUAAAACAUUUUUGAAAUCAAAACCUCUUUGGGUACUCAGAUUGCUUUAUUUUGUGAGGAAUGAAUGAUACUUAGCCGUCACGUUCAGACAUGAAACGCUCGAGCCAACUAAGGAAGACUCGCUCGGUGAGUAUAUCGUAUUAUGGACCUCGCUUUGUAAAUAAUUUUGUACAAAUUGUGUUUUAAUAAUACUCAAAGAGGUUUUGACUUCAAAAAAUAUUACAGAUAAAUAAAUACAUAAAUAUUCCUAAUGUGCUUUCUCAAAUAAUUGAAGACAUAUUUAGUUAGGGUUAUAUUUCCAUAGAUGUCCUUUUAAAGUAUAGUGUAUCUAAGAAAGCUUAUUUAUAUGUUAUGUCACAGAAUUAUUCAGUAAUAUUGUAAAUUAAUGGGGAAAGUGAUACGGUUAUAUUCAUUAGAAAAUUAUAUUAAAACCCUAAACCAAUUGAUGACAAUAGCAUUUAAAAGUUCGUGUAAUUUGAGAGGUACUAAAUGCUCGCCAUCGCGCAGUGACGUCAUAUAACAACAUUUACUUAGUUUAGUUGCGGUUAGAACUUUAAUGCUUAGAGUAAGUUCUCUAAAUACUAGUCACUCAAUAUGGACUAGUGCAAUAUUUCACACGAUAGGAUUGCUCGCGAAGUGAAUAUAGCAACAAACGAUGCACUUAUCUUGCGUGACCUCGCUAGUGAUUCACAGCGAGUCUUUGAGUAAGGUAGUGUCGGUGGCAGUCAUUUUAAGUUUUCAACGCGGUCUGAUGCAGUUUUUCGGUAAGUUUUGUAAGAUUAUUGCAGCUAUAUUGACACUAGUUGUAUUGUAAUUAUUUAUAUUCUGAAAACGUUAUAAUGUUAGCAGUUAUUGCCGCCAGCAGUAUCUAACGUUA